UUUAUGUUAAUUUGACCUAAGCAAAAGGUAGACUUGAAUAUGAUUUGCAUUUACUUGACUAAAAAGAAAUUAGGGGGAAGUUGUUUGAGUGUAAGAAAGUCUUCAUUCUUUUGUGAGAAAACCCAAGCACAGUCCGGCGGCGGAAAAAGGGUGGGAAAAUGGGAAAGCGAGACAAGAAGCAGAAGCAUCACGAUGGACAUUCUCGUCGAAGGGAUUUCAAGUUUACUUCAGAAGGAGAAGUUAUGGAAGAUGGUGAUUUCAACAGCUAUCCCCUUCCCUCACCUUCUGCCAGAGAACUAGAAGAAGACGAAGAAGAAGUUGAAGAGGAAGAGGAGGAACAAGAAACAACCAACGAGAGCUCAUCAAUGGGUAUUCCUUCGAAGUUUCAACUCUAUCAACAAUCUGUUCAGUCGCCCAAAGGAGACAUAAGCUAUUUGCAGAAGUUCUUUCUAAUGUACGUGGGUGGUAGGCAACCGAUCCAUUUACAAGAAGAUUUUUGUGGCACUGCACUUUUAAGUUUAGAGUGGCUUCGAAGUGAUUCACGUAGGACUGCUGUGGGAUUGGAUCUUGACCUUGAGGCAUUAGUCUGGUGCAUGGAGAACAAUUUUAAUCGAACUGGGGCUGAUGUAUAUUCCAGAAUCUCUCUUUUUCAUGGAAAUGUAUUGAAUCCUUCUGAAGCCAGGCUUGUCAAUCCUGAGCCUAGGGAGGAUCUGAUUGAAAAUUUAACAUUGGAAGAUAGUAAAGAUAAUCCCAAAGCCAGUGCAUCAGAAUCCAUUGUGAAAGAGGAAUCUGCAUCUUUUAACGAUAAUGAGUACUUGAAGAGGAACAUUACAUUGGAUGCCAGAGAUAUUGUAUGUGCAUUUAACUACAGCUGUUGUUGUCUCCAUUCACGUGCAGAUCUUGUUACAUAUUUCAAGCAUGCUCGUGCUAGCUUAUCCAGAAAGGGUGGCAUAUUUGUCAUGGAUUUGUAUGGUGGUACCUCGUCAGAACAGAAGUUGAAGCUUCAAAGGAAAUUUGCUAAUUUUAAGGCAGAGUAUAUCUGGGAGCAAGCUGAAUUCGACAUAAUUGGACGUAAAACGAGGAUUAGCCUCCAUUUUGAUCUUAAGAAGCAGCAGAAGAAACUUCGCCAUGCGUUUUCAUACAGCUGGAGACUUGUCCAAAAUCUUGAGACGACCAUUGCACAUGUGAACAGGUGGUCAUUACCUGAGAUCAAAGACUGCUUGGAAGAAGCUGGAUUCAGAUCCGUCCAUUUUUGGAUCCGACAGAUGCCCGACACCGAAGAGAUUAAAAGUAUAGAGGGGUUUGGCGCAGGGAGUGAAGUGAAAUACGAGGAAGUUGAAACUUUUCAACAAAAGGAUUCUUGGAAUGCAUACAUCGUUGGUGUUUUGUAGUCUUGAGCAUCAUAAUCAACACAUUUCGUAGUCUCACUAUUUUUGGCAUUGGAUUUUAUGCAAUGUAGUUAGUAUAUCCAUAACUACAGUUCUGCCUUUCUAGAUUAAAAAGAAAAAAUGUAGUAUCACUAGUAAGGGAGACAAGCUUGUCAAAGGAGGGAUUUCAAGCUUAAUCCCAUGUUUGAUAAUGUUAUUUUAUGUUUGAUCAUUUAAAAUUUCUCCAA